UCUCUCCACGGUGUGGAGACUACGUGUUGUAACUUUGUCUUUUGCUACUCUGCUGGUAUUUCAUUUCUGAGAUAUGGAGGUAGUCUUUCGUGUAACACAAAAUGGUUGAUACUGGAUCAGUUGGGGGGGGGGGGUGUAAAGUUCAUCAGUGUAUGCAGUUAGGUGUACAGGAUGAGAAGCAGAAUGGGUGUGCAUUAGGUGAUGAAAUAAGAGUUAAAUGAAGAAAACCUGGUCUAUGUUCUUGGUGGUGAAGGGCUCAUCUUGGGGCCACAGAUAAAGGUUGAUGGCCAGUCUACAAGAGUGGAGAAAUAAAUGAAGAGAAUAGGAACUGUGAGUGGUGGCAAUUUACAUUUGUGUGGCCAGUAGCCAUUCAUGGAAGAGGGAGAGUAUCUGUCAUGUAUGGAGGUUCAAACACGAGAGAGGUGAGCAGCUGCACUCUGCCGUCAAAGAUCCUCUGGCGCCCACAUGUGACUCGAUUUCCACAUUCCUUAUUAGUUAACACGGUUGUGUGGGUACACCACUUUAUUCAGCAUGCCGAAGGCAUCUGCUGUCAGCAGCUUUUACUGGAAUGAGCUUUUUUAUCCUGAAGGACAGUCUUGCUUCACAUGCCGAUACUUCAAGAACUCGUGUUGGAAGCUUGGUUGAAGUGCAUACAAGAACAAUUUCAGAAUAAAAUUACGAACUCAGAGAUAUUCCUUGACUGACCAGUCACCCUGUACGUCUGUAUGCAGUCUGUACUGGUUAGAGUAUGAUGCUGGUUCUUGGUUAUGGUGACACUGAUCUGUAGUGUAGCCUGAAGUAUAGAUUAAGUUGAAAGGUAAUAAUUGGGUGGAGAGUAGGCAAAGCCAUUGAAUGAGAAUGCCAAAUAAAGGGUAAAAGAAUGACCUGUAGCAUAUGUUUGCAUUCAUGCUGUAUCUGCCACACUUUGCAAUAUUUAACAUGUCUUUCAUCAUAAAAGCUAAAAAUGCAAGGUGAAAUCAGGAAACUCAUGUCAGAUAAUGUACAAGUCUACAGUGAGUAUUUUGUUGCAUAUUCUUUACAUAUAUCAGACAUAAACUUUGAAAAAUGGGAGGAGCCCCCCCCCCCCCAAAUAAAGUAUGGUUUAAACAGAGUUUGAAAGACUUUUUGAUAGGCAACUCCUUCUACUCUAUUGAUGAAUAUCUUAACAGAGACUGUUAAGCCAGCAAAAGUAAAAAUGUCUGUUAGAUUUCAGUUUUGACAUCACUUGGUCACAACAGUCAAGAUUAGGUAUUUUGUGUACGAUAAAUUUAUUAAUAGUGCCUAACAAUAUUUCAUUCUGACAGCAUGUUAAUUCUAUAAAUAUUAGCUGUUCCAGUUUGCCGCAUUGCAUUCACCUAUCUCAACAAUCUCCUGACUAAUGAUCUGGUGAUCAGGUAUGACAUUCCAGUUCAUGAGGCCACAGAUCUCAGAAGAGUGUCUUGGGCAGCUCAAGAAUAUCAACUAUGGAACAUGUUGGGCUGCACACAACACAGGUGUCUGAAAACAUGUCUGAGGAUCAGCAGAAACCAAAAGUUGCAGAAACUGAGGAAUUGCCUGUGACACAGCCCUUUGAAUUUGUGUGUGUGAAGGAGGAGCAACCUGAAGAAGACUACGAAGUCAAACCAGUUGCAUCUGAGGUUUGCUCAGUUGUUUUUCAUGACAGCGAGGAACAUAGCCAACAACACAUUAAAGACGAAGAAGAAGCAGAAGGAGAAGAAGUACAUCAUUCCGAGGACAGAGAUUCAGUUCUUGAAAGAUUUGUGGCAUUCACUAGGCUGCCGAAUCCUGCUGCUGAUGACAACAGUGUUCCAGUGGAAGAAGCAGCCCUCCACGCAGAAACUCCUGCUUACCUGACGGAUGACUCAAAUUACACAACAUUACCAGAAGAGUCAGAGUGUGAUGGUAACAAGUUGUGGAACAGCAACUAUAGUGAACAUGGCAGUACUUUAUCAAGAUUGAGACUUGCUUUGAAAAAGAAGAGGCGUUCACGAACUGGAGAGAAAAGCUAUCCUUGUAAUGAAUGUGGAAAGUCCUUCCCUAAGCCUUGUCAAUUGAAAUACCAUAUGCGUAAACACACCGGUGAGAGGCCCUACAUUUGUGGCAUCUGUGGAAAGACUUUUGCGAAAACAGCUCAUCUGAAUGUCCACAACCGUACACAUACAGGUGAGAAGCCAUUCAAAUGUGACGUUUGUGGAAAAUCGUUCCCCGAUUCUGGCAAACAAAAGAGACAUAUGCGCUCACAUGCAGGGGAGAAGCCAUACGUGUGUGACAUUUGCGGAAAGUGUUAUACAGUCCACGGCAGUCUGACAAGCCACAAACGAUCCCACACGGGGGAAAAUGCAUACAAGUGUGAUGUGUGUAACAAAACGUUUCCUAGACCUAGUGUUCUUAAAGUCCACAUGCGGUCACACACGGGGGAGAAACCCCAUGAAUGUGGAGUUUGUGGGAAAGGCUUCACUCAGUUUGGCAAUCUGAAGAGGCAUUUGCAUUCACAUAUAAUGGGGAGCCGGCUCAGUAGUGUAAUGGUCAGCACUGCAGAGUAGGACGUGGUGUCCACAGCUCCUAUUACGAGGACCUCCUCGAAGAAUCCAGCUUCAAUGGUUGAGGCUUCUUCAGAUUUUGCAGGCUGAGAAGAAAAUAUAUGGGAACCACUCAGCUUUGUGACUUGGCUUGCAAUAAGGAAACAGAUGCUUUGUGUUUCUCAUACUAUCUGCAGUAGCUGGGAGAGGCUGGAGAGAUUGUGUUGACAGUCUGAUCUGCCAUGAGGCAGCACAUGACCACCAGGGAAGAAAAGCAGCUUAAUCGCUGAAGAAGUGGAGUAGUAAGAGAGAAGCAAUAAAAUAUGAGGAAUUGUUUUUGUUUGGGGGGACGGGGUGGCACCAGUGAACAAGAAGUUCACAUCUGUGCUGUAUGCAGAGAGAUCUUUCAGACCAUCCAGUCAAAACCAGUUGCUGCAGACAGGCUGAAGUCAAUGCACUGUUGCCACAUGUGUUAUGUCUUCCGAGAAUUGUGUAAAGCUGCCCUGUCCUAAGUGAAUUUAUGGAUAGAGAAUUCUGAAAGGAUUAUAGGCAUUGCUUUGCAUGCCUAUCUGAGUUCCUGUACUGAGGACUGUCAAACUGAAUUGAUUUUAAGUAAUUGAGAACACUAAAUAAACUACUCAUUAUAGGCUUGUACUGUUUGCUGAAGCCUAAACUCAAGAUGUUUUACAGGAACCUGAAGUUUCCUACCAGAGAAAAGUAGAUUUGGGUUUGUGGUACAAAGAUAACUAAUUUUCAUUCUACUUCUUCAUGGAUAAGAAAUCUACUUGAGGGAAAAGAAAAUUUUGGAAUACUCCUAUGUUUAUGUACCAGGUAUUUGAAAAUGAAUAUUGGGAUUUCAAUGCUUUGUAGCAUUUAUUACAUUCAACAUAAAAUAAUAAAUAAAACAUCAAAUGAAAGAGCAACUCAGUUUGUCAUACAAAUGUUCAAUGUGAGCACCAUUCAUCACAGAGCACACACAGAGUUCUUCCCAGACCUUAUCAUUGUGUCUGCAGUAAUUGUUGUAACAACUGCUUCAAUCCAGUUUCCUAUGUCACGUAGAUCAGCUGUAGUGAAGGUAUAGAUAGAGAUCCUUUAAGAAACCCAAAGACAAAAAUUGUAUGGCGUCGGAUCGAGCGAACGUGGAGGCCACGUGAAACAAGCUCUGUCAACUGGACCCUAGCAGCCAACCCAGCCGUUGGAUAUGUCGUUGUUUAACAAUCGUACUGAGUUAUGCCAGUGAGGCAGUGCAUUAACUUGCUGCAAAAUACAGUUAUGUGGUUCAGCUUCUUCCAGUUGAGGAAAGACAAAUAGUUAUAGUGCAUCAAGAUACAAAACACCAGCUACAGUUGCUUCAUGGAAAAAGUAAGGCUCAUAAGUAUUCUGCUGGGAUCUGAUACCAAAAACAUUUAAUAUAGGGGAGUCUCAUUGCAACUGUACUAUCUCGUGGGGAUUUUCUGACCCCCGGAUGUGUUCACAUUUCCACAUAGAUGAAAUGUUGAUUCAUCACUGAAGGACACUAUCCAGAAAAUCUUCAUCGUCAUGCAGUAAAAUUUCAUUUGCAAAGUUGGCAUAUGUGCUCUGUGACUAAUGGUGCUCAGAUGGAAAACUUAAAAGAAAAACUGUCUGAGUUGCUCUUUCAUUUGAUGUAUUAUUUAUUAUUUUAAGUUGAAGGUAAUACAUGCUACAAAGCCUUAAAAUCCUGAUAUUCAUUUUGAAACACCCGAUAUAAGCAGAAUGAUUUCAUGAAUGCAGACUUGCUGACACCUGAAUGUUUGUGUGCUGCGUCUACUCAUUCUGAAACUUCACUAAAUGGUAAGCAGCAGCUUCCUGCUGCACUUAAAUAUAAGUACUCUUAAAUGACAACAAUACAGUGAUGAUUGUUCACCUUUUCAUGGAUGAUUGAGUAAACUGACAUUCAGCUUUAAAUAAGUGACUGUUUACAUAUGAGCACAUUUGUGACUAUUUUUGUUCAAAUGGAACAAAAUUUUAUAAUGCAAGUAGCCAGCUAUCAUACAAUUCAAAAAUUAUAACAUCUUAAAAAAAAUUGGUGUCAUAAAGGUCCAAUGUUUUGUAACAUAAACAAACACACAGGAUGCGGUGUGUAGUGAUUAGUAUUUGGCACCAUAUGGUUAUGAUGUAUGUAUCAUCAAAUAAUA